UAACGUGUAUAUUGUACGUAUUUUUCUUGUUUUAGAUGUUGACGACUAUUUUAGUUAGUGUAAUCGCCCUGGCUGUGUUGUGGGUGUUCAAGCAAUGGCAGGACACGAGAAACUUCUGGGCCAAGAGGCACGUGCCCCACUCACCACCGCAUCCACUACUAGGCAGCCUCACAUUCAUGAUGAAGAUGAACCCGGGAGUGUGGAUGCGGGAGUUGUACGAUCGUUUUCGCGCGCCGUACGUCGGUGUGUGGUGGCUGUGGCGGCCUGCGCUGGUCGUACAAGACCCGGAGAUAGCGCGUCGUAUCCUCGUUAAAGACGCGCACGUCUUCCAGGACCGGUACCUCUCCGGCGGGAAGAGGGACAUCAUUGGCUCGAUGAAUCUCUUCACCAUGAAGAGCCCGUUGUGGGGAUCGCUGCGGCGACGCCUGACGCCGGUGUUCACGUCCGCCAAGCUCAGGAGUCAGCAGAGGCACUUCAUUGACAAAACGCAGCAACUCAUGCAGAGGAUCAAAAUGGACAUGGAUAAGGAGAAACAAGUCAACUUGAGAAUGGUGUACUCGGACUACACGACGGACGUGGUGGGUGAGACAUCGUUCGGCGUGGCAAGUGAUUCGACGCUGAGCGGGCGCGGCCCUCUGCGCGCAGUCACCCUUGAUUUCAUGGAGUUCAGCUGGUGGCGCGGCCUAGCCUGGGCUAGUAUAUUCUUCUAUCCCGACCUCAUUGAUAUAUUCGGAUUCACAUUCUUCCCGAAGGCGGCGACGGAUUACUUCAGGCGAGUGUACGGGCAGAUCGUGCAGCAGCGCGGGGGGUAUGCUGCGCCGGGGGAGGGGGGCGACCUCCUCGACGCGCUGCGCAAGAUAAAGCAGGAGAGCGACAAGAACGGAGAAGAAAUUCGUGACGAUGUACUGGUGGCGCAGGCGGCCAUCUUUCUACAGGGCGGCUUCGACACGACCGCCUCCGCAAUGGCCUUCGCCACAUAUGAGUUGGCUAAUCUGCCGCACGUGCAGGACAAGUUGUACAAUGAAAUCAUAGAGAUUAAACAUAAUAUCGGCGAGGCUGAGCUAAACAUGGACAAGCUUCAGGGCGCCAAAUACCUUGAAUGCGUUAUUAAAGAGGCGCUCAGGAAGUAUCCGCCGAUGGGUUGGCUGGACCGAGUCUCUUCGGUGGAUUACGAGAUCGACGACAAGCUGACCAUACCUGCGGGCACCCCUGUCUACGUAAACGCCAUCGGCAUGCACUACGACCCCCUGCACUUCCCCGAACCACACAUAUUCGACCCCGACCGCUUCCUGCCCGAGAACGAGAACAAUAUCAAACCUUUUACUUAUUUCCCUUUCGGUGAGGGACCCAGGGUUUGUAUUGGUCGUAGAUUCGCGAUGCAGAACAUGACUCACAUGCUGUCAAACAUAGUCCUCAACUACAAGAUUCUGCCGACUUCCAACGGCCCUCCGCACACUGACAUACCUAUAGAAAAGAAAGGUUUGUUUCUUUUCCCAGGCGAAAAUCUGUACGUACAAUUCGUACCUAGAGAUGUUUGAUUAAAUGUGAAAACGAAGACUACAAUUUUUAUUUCACCC